AAAAAUCGAUCUUACCCGCCCUGCCGCCAAAUUUUGCAGCUCCAAAAAGAAACCACUUCAGCGAACUCCGUUUAAUUGCCGAAGUAGAAACCCAGAUCUACGAGAAACCAAAAAUGGCUUCGGGAGAUGAGGGAUCCGGCGGCGAAGAGCCCUGCUGUAGCUCCGACUAUGGAGACGACUAUGAAGACGACGACAACAAUGAAAUCGAGGUGGAAGAAAAAAGGCUAAUCGACGGUGAAGGCGAUGCGAGAGCAGUUUCCGCGGCAUCUCCACCGUCUGAUGCUGAAAGGAAGUCCUGUAACGUUUCUGCUCUCAUUCGGGGAAAUCUCGUUGUUAGAAGGCAAUCGCUUAUUCCUCGAGUUCUCUCGGUAGCUGAUGGAGCCGUGGUAGCUCGAAAGCCAUUCAAACCCCCAUGCACUGAUGGUUAUGAAGAUCAGAACAAACUUGCGCGACGGCUUUUUGCACGGAAAAGGUUUGUCCCUUGGGGUUCAUCAAGGCCACCAUUGGUUGCUAUUCACAAUCUCUUAACUUCUCCACCCGAUAUUGAGAAUGAGACGAAAGAAAUGGAUGUUCCUCUUCCAGCUGGCGUUGAGCCUCUGAUUUUAUGGGACAAUGAAGGUUCGGGAGAACCUGCUCAGAUCACGGUUGAUCCAUCACUUGUUUGCUAUCUUAGACCUCAUCAGAGAGAAGGAGUUCAGUUUAUGUUUGACUGUGUUUCUGGGUUAUAUAGCGCUGAAGGUAUUUCGGGAUGCAUUCUUGCUGAUGACAUGGGGCUGGGAAAGACUCUCCAAUCUAUUACAUUGCUUUAUACCCUUCUUGGUCAGGGCUUUGAUGGAAAGCCUAUGGUUAGGAAAGCUCUUAUUGUCACUCCCACAAGUCUUGUUAGUAACUGGGAAUCUGAGAUUGACAAGUGGAUUGGAAGAAAAAUUCAGUUAAUUUCUCUUUGUGAAACCUCAAGGGCAGAUGUCCUAUCUGGGAUCGACAGUUUCUUAAGGCCUAGCAGCACUAUGCAAGUACUCAUCAUAUCCUAUGAGACGUUUAGAAUGCAUUCAUCAAAAUUUGAGAAGAAUGGAAGCUGUGAUCUUCUAAUAUGUGAUGAGGCUCACCGUUUAAAGAAUGACCAGACAUUAACAAAUCGGGCUUUGGCUGCUCUACCUUGUACUCGGAGAAUCUUAUUGUCAGGGACACCUAUGCAGAAUGAUCUAGAAGAAUUUUUUGCUAUGGUCAAUUUCACAAAUCCUGGUAUUUUGGGGAAUGCAACAUACUUCCGCCGCUACUAUGAAGCACCAAUUAUUUCUGGAAGAGAGCCAUUGGCCACUAUGGAGGAAAGGAAAUUGGGCUUGGAGAGAUCUGCAGAACUUAGUGCAAAAGUCAAUCAGUUUAUAUUGAGAAGGACAAAUGCUUUGUUAUCAAAUCACUUGCCACCUAAGAUAGUGGAAGUAGUGUGUUGCAAGCUCACCCCCUUGCAGAUUCAACUGUACAAGCAUUUCAUUCAAUCAAAAAAUAUUAAGCGCGUAAUUGCUGAAGAAUUAAAGCAAUCCACCAUUUUGGCCUAUAUUACAGCACUUAAAAAACUUUGCAAUCACCCUAAGCUAAUUUAUGAUUCAAUCAAAAGUGGAGGGUCCGCAACAUCAGGAUUUGAGAAUUGCAUGCAGUUUUUCCCAUCUGAAUUAUUUUCUGGAAGGUCGGGAUCAUGGACUGGUGGUGGAGGAAUAUGGGUAGAGUUAUCAGGAAAAAUGCAUGUCUUAGCUCGGCUGUUGGCCCAUCUUCGUCAGAAAACUGAUGACAGAAUAGUUCUCGUGUCAAAUUACACUCAGACACUGGAUCUUUUUGCUCAAUUAUGCUGCGAAAGAAGGUAUCCAUACCUUAGGCUUGAUGGCACAACAUCUAUUGGAAAAAGACAAAAGCUGGUUAAUCGUUUCAAUGAUCCAACAAAGAAUGAGUUUGUGUUUCUUUUGAGUAGCAAGGCUGGUGGUUGUGGACUUAAUUUGAUUGGAGGAAAUCGCUUGGUACUCUUUGAUCCUGAUUGGAACCCUGCCAAUGAUAAGCAGGCUGCAGCUAGAGUUUGGAGGGAUGGCCAGAAAAAGAGAGUAUACAUAUAUAGGUUUUUGAGCACAGGGAGCAUUGAAGAGAAGGUGUACCAGCGGCAGAUGGCAAAGGAAGGGCUUCAAAAAGUUAUUCAGCAGGAUCUAGGUGAAAGUGAGAUGUUGCAUGGCAAUUUUCUUUCAGCUGAAGAUUUGCGGGACCUCUUCAGGCUUCAUGAAGAUGCCAAGUCUGAGAUUCAUGAAAACAUGAACUGUGCUCGUUGCAACACUAAUGCUCAAGAAGUGGAAGACAACAACGGUUACUCGGAUGUUAGGAGUAAAGAUUCAAGUGGAAGCUGUCAAGUAAAUCAAUCGGCUGAUGACAUUGGUGGAUUUGCCGAACUUGCUGGAUGCUUGCACAAGUUAAAAAAAUCGGAAAGACAGAUUGGGUGCCCACUUGAGGAAGACUUAAAUAACUGGGGUCAUCACUCCAUCCCUGAAACUCUGCCAGAUGCGAUACUGCAUGCCGCGGCUGGUGAUGAGGUUACGUUUGUAUUUACAAACCAAGUGGAUGGUAAACUUGUUCCUGUAGAAUCGACAGUGAAAACAGCAGCCAAUCAAGCUAAUGAUCAGGUGCCAAUUAAAGCAAAGCAUACCGAAUUCAAUGAAAAAGCUGGCAGAAAUAGUCCUCGAGCAUCGGCUGUACGUACUAUUGUCAAAGGAUCUUCUAAAUUUCUUAGAACAUCAGUAAACUCUUUGCAGUCUGAUAGAGUGCAAGCAACGUCCUCUCACUUUUUAUGCAGAAAGAGUUCUGUUUCAAACUCAUCACAUGAUUUUAUUUAAAUGCUUUGGCCAUAUAUUUUUAUCUUCAUGAGUA